GCUGCUGCCCACCCGCACCGGCCGCCCCCGCGGGGCUCACCGGGCUCGCCCCCGCCUCGAGGGCUCCCCUCCCGCGGCGGCCCCCGAGCGCCGCCGCCGGUGCCGGUGCCGCCUCAGCGCCUGGCAGCACGGCGCAGGCGCGGCCCGCCCCGCCCCGCCGCGGAUGGCCGCGAUGCGAGCCCGGAUGCGGCCGCCGCGUAAGAUGGCGGCGGGGCGGGCGGGCGGCGCGCGGUAGCGGCGGGGGCGAGCCGGCCAUGGCGGACCUGGGCCAGCAGCUGCGGGACUACCUGGCGAGGCACCAAGCCCCCGGCCCGCCCGCCGCCAGCCCGCAGCAGCAGCAGGAGAAGGAGGAGGAGGAGGCGGCGGCCGGCGGGGCGGGCGGCUGGCCGGGCUGGGGCUGGCCCUGGGCGGCCGAGACGGAGCCGUGCCUGCCGGGGCUGUCGCGCUGGCAGCGGCUGGCGGCGGCCGGGCUGUGCGCGCUGCUGGCCGCCCUCUGCUUCGGGCUGGCCGCGCUGUACGCGCCGCUGCUGCUGCUCCGCGCCCGCAAGUUCGCGCUGCUCUGGUCCCUGGGCUCGCUCUGCGCGCUGGCCGCCGCCGCCCUGCUGCGCGGCCCGGCCCUGCUGCGGCGGCCCGGGCGCGGCUCGGUGCUGUACGGGGCCGCGCUGUGCGGGACGCUGUACGCGGCGCUGGGGCUGCGCAGCGCUCCCCUCACGGCGCUGGGCGCCGCCGCGCAGCUCGGGGCCGCGGCCGCCGCGCUCCUGGACGCGCUGCCCGGGGGCGCCGCCGGCCUGCGCCGCCUCGCAGGGCUCGGGGGCGCCGCGCUGCGCCGCCGGGUGCUGCCGCUGUGAGCCCGGCGAGGAGGAGGAGGAAGGAGGAAGGCUGAAGGAGGACGCCCGCGCCGCUCGCCUCGCCCCCCGCCGGGGGCUGCUCGCGGCUCCCCCCCCCUCUCCCCUCGCCUCACCGCCGUCAGCCCCGCAGCCCCGGCCCCCCCCGCGAGUACCGGACCCGCGUGGCUGCUGCGAAGCGUGAGUGAGAGCGGCGGCAGCGGGACGCGGCGGCCCGGCCGCCCCGCGUGGAACUGAGCGGAGCCCCCGCGGACACCGAGCCCGGCCCGGCCGCGGAGCGGGGCUCGGCUCGCAGCCGGCGGCUCUGGCGCUGAGCCCCGCGGGCCGAACACAAACCCGGGCACAGCCGUCAGCCAGCCCGGACCCGUAGUGAACACGAGCACUGCGUGCCCAUAAACUGCAUAGAGAAAAGCCGUCUUUAAAAUGCCGUCCAGGUGAUAGACUAGCAAGCAGCGGUGAUUUCCUGUGUUUUGGAAUUUUAACGUCAGCACCACUUGUUUUCAUAGACAGCUGUGUCUAAAGGAUUCUGGUUUCCGCCCACCUUCAAAGCGUGGAAAUUCAUCGGGAGUAGGAAGUAGACCCUUCCGGCCCCCUGAGCAGUAAGAGAUGCAGGGAACAAGAAUGAGAAGAGACAUCGUAUUAAUGAAACUACUGCAAUUUGCCCAAGAAAUGUCUUUGGUUCCUUAUCCUUGUAUCUCAGUGUGGAAGAACGUUCCCCUCACCUCUAAGUGCACCACGACCUCGCCCCCGAACACCAUGGUCCCUUCCUCUUGCAUUUUCAUCUGGAGAGUCAAAAGUGUCAUCUGGCCCAAAAUCUUCAGGACCAGGAAAGCCAUCUCUCCCCCUGGGUCCCCGGCCCUCAUGUCUUGAGGGUCCUCCUCUUCUGAAGCUACAAGAAAGAACAUGGUACAAAGGUGGUUUAUAGGCAGAAUUUACAUGGAUAAUCUUGAGACAGCUUCAGCUUAAUAAUCCUUUUCUGAACUGUUUCACUUAAUACUUAUAGCACCAUACAAUCAUUCAAAUAGGAUUUGUGGGUGGAAAAGUGCUUAUUUUCUGCCCUUGAGAACUUUGUUUUAAUAUUUUUCCUCAUUUUCUUCUGCUGUGUCGUUUUUUUCACACAAGAAAAAAUAUUGUCAAAUAUAUUGCAUUAAUUUAAUGAAAAGGGAAACAAAAAAUCACUGAGUGAUGAUAGGUAUAAGGUAAGGUAAGGAAAAAGACAAGUGAAUUUCCCUUAGCUGUGAUGGUCUUACUUUCCCUUCCCUUUUACUGAUAAAAGCAAAGUGAAAAAAUGCAAGCAAUGAGAGUCGAGGCUACAGUGAACAUUCCAGCAUAAAUUCCUGUUGAUUUUGGACUCUUUCGCUAGAACAUUAUCUUAUUCAUCCCAUUCUUAGAGGAUUUUUUUUUAAAGUUUACAGAUUCAGGAAAUGAUUCUAGACUGUACUUGGCUCUGUAGGAAUGCUGAUCGCUGAGCAGUGUGCACAGUGGCCUUUACAACCUCAAGAGCAGCUUAUCCAACCGCAAUAACAAAUAAUUUUGUUUUGCAAAAUGUAGUUAUGAGCCUGAAGUCAGUAAUAUCCUUCUUGUAAGUACCAUGGCAUCUUCAGUAAUUUGAUAGGACUGGGUUCUGCGUCUCAUCUGAAAUCAGUAUAGUUCCUCCAGUAUCACACUGGGGCUUUAAACACAGACCUUCAGAGAGGAGAACGGUUCCUUCUUAACUGUCAGUGCCACUUCAGGUAAGCCUACAGAUGGCUGCAUGAAUGCUAGCAGGUCUGGUUUUUACAGUACCAGUUUAAACACUUGUAGUGCUUGUCAGACUGCAUACAUGCUCUGUGUAUUACUGUGACUCCCGAGGUGUGCAGUACCACCAGCUGGUAGGGCUCUCUCAGGUUACAGCUCAGCUCCUACAAUUUCUGUGCGAGCACAGGGGGGAUGUUUAGGUGGCGCAGGCACAAUAUUUUGGGAGUCCUCACAGUGCAUUCCCACACUGUUCCUGCCCACCCCUCAGUGACAGCAGUGAUAAUGCUGAGCUCUCUCUUUCCCCGUUCACACUGAUGCCGCCCCCCACCUCCCCUCUUCUCCCAGUUCCACACUGGCCAAACUGCAGCACCAUAAUAUUCAGGUGGUCGUGGCUUUGUGCAGCAUCCCCUUCCCCAGCUCAUUAACGACACAGUGCAUCCUAUUACAAGCAAAACUUUAGAUACUUUUAUUUAGAAUUUUAACAACAUUAACCUUUUAAUUACAAAUUUAAAUAUUUUAACAGUAGUCAUAACACAAUACAAUAUUUUUAAACUUUUACAUUUUUUUUUAAUUAAAAACAAUAGGUCUGUCUCCACCUCCCAGAAAACAAACACAAUACAGAAAGGAGGCUGCUGUGCCUGUACAGCAACAGUGGAUGGAGGGAGUGCUGUAUAUGGACAAUGAACCAUUUUACAUUAACCUGGAUUAUUUGUGAAAACAAACUGAACAGUUUCAGGUACAAAUGGUUCAAAUAACCACAUAGCAAUGUUGUUUAGCCUUGAAACAGCACAGUCCUCUAGAUACUCUUUAGAGGGUCUCCCAUUUUUAAUACUGACUUGGUGUGAUUCUGCUUAGCUUGUAAAUUACCAAGAUUUGCAACACGAGGUCCCAUGGCUACCAGGAAUAGGGCCUUGCCUUUUAUUUCCAGGCAACCUCAUGGACAAAGUUUAGCUCUGAAAUCUAUCAUGCCUAUGCCUGACAUAGCCACAGCUCCUAAUAUUGUGUUUUGUAUCUCCUUUUUCACUUUUUUAUAUCAGUCACAUGUAAAACCCUGCCUUGUAUAGGGCUCAGUUCCUGUUUGACUGCUCUCAGAUCUUCUUCCUUGAGGCCUAGGACCUUAAUGUACAGAGCUAUACACUGCAGAUUAGCAGGCAGGAAGAGGCAGGUCUCUGCGGUAGAAGCAUCGUGUUGAUAGGCACAGGUAGAGUAAGAACAGGACAGGGAUGAAAAGGACGGGAAAUUAGAGAGAAACACACAUACAUACACUUCCCUCUCAUGCUUGAUCAAACCAAUUACAAUCUAAAUUCCAAACCAAGUCAGCUAAGUGUGUAGCUGGGGUUCUUAGGUUCACUUGAGCAUCUGCAGUAAAUGGCAUCUAAUUCACCUUCACUCAGAUUAAUUCAUUAAGCUUGUAAGCACAAUAAGCCUUUUAUAGCCCUGUGCUGACUCUCUUUAAACUAAAUGGUCUGUACCAAACACUUGCACUGUGACAAACAGACUCUUGUUAGUUCAGAAGUCAGAUUCACAGGUCAAAACAUUCCUGGACUCUCUUCCUGAAACCUUUUUAAAAUCAGGAUAAUAAAAAAAAUACUUCCCAGUCCCUACACAUUUCCAAUAUAAGAUCCAAAAGUCUCUACUGAGCUUCUAAAAAUGUCGUCUGCUAUGUCUUUUAGAAUUAUAUAAUGCAGACCAUUCAGCUUGGAUUCUAUUUUAACUUUUGUUUUUUAAAUGGCUUUAAUUGUUACCUUCUUUUAGUUACUGUUCAUUUCUUUUCAUACUCUU